UCCGAGGGCGGGAGGAAGGAGGAGAGGGAAAAAGAGAGGACGGAGUCGGCGCUCCUCCUCGGGACUCUUUUCCCUUCCUGCCUCCUUUCUUCACGCCUUCGAGACCUUCCUUUCCUCGCCUUGCCUCCAUCUUGUUCCGCUCUCCGCCGGAACUGUGUUUCCGGGGGGCGUGGUUUCCGGGGGAGCGCUUUGUCGGCGCACCGGCCCGCUCUGACCCUCUCCUCCUCCUCCUUCUUCCCCGGUAACGGACUCGGCGGAGGAGGCGCCGCCCGGAGCAUGGCCUCGCUGGCCUGAGCGCGGGAAGGAGACGGAGGGACGCGGCGGCGGCGGCGGAGGAAGGGGAUGGAUCCCGGCGGGGGAGGCGGCGGCGGCGGCGGAGGCGCCUGUCCCGGGUCCGGCGGAGGCAAUGGAGGCGGCGGCGGCAGCGGUGGAGGCGGCGCUGGGAAGCCCAGCCUGCAAGUGGUCUACCAGGCCGUGCAGGCGCUCUACCACGAUCCGGACCCCAGCGGCAAGGAGCGCGCCAGCCUCUGGCUCGGGGAGCUCCAGAGAUCGGUUCAUGCAUGGGAGAUCUCAGACCAUUUGCUGCAGAUCCGGCAGGAUGUGGAGUCGUGCUACUUUGCAGCCCAAACCAUGAAGAUGAAAAUCCAGACCUCAUUCUAUGAGCUCCCCACAGACUCCCAUGUUUCCCUGCGGGACUCGUUGCUUUCCCACAUCCAGAACUUGAAAGACAUGUCCCCCGUCAUCGUCACCCAGCUUGCAUUAGCCAUAGCAGACCUUGCCCUACAGAUGGCCUCUUGGAAAGGCUGCGUACACACACUGGUCGAAAAGUACAACAAUGAUGUGACGUCACUGCCCUUCUUACUGGAAAUCCUGACGGUGCUGCCAGAAGAGGUUCACAGCCGAUCCUUACGCAUUGGAGCCAACCGCCGCACUGAGAUCAUCGAAGACUUAGCCUAUUACUCCAGUACGGUGGUCUCUCUGCUGGUGACCUGUGUGGAGAAGGCAGGCAAUGAUGAGAAGAUGCUCAUAAAGAUCUUCCGCUGCCUAGGGAGCUGGUUCAACCUUGGCGUCCUCGACAGCACCUUCAUGGCCAACAGCAAAUUGCUAUCACUGCUCUUUGAAGUUCUGCAACAAGACAAGACAUCGUCAAACCUGCACGAAGCCGCUUCAGACUGCGUCUGUUCUGCGCUUUAUGCCAUUGAGAACGUGGAAACCAACUUGCCCCUGGCCCUGCAGCUUUUCCAGGGUGUCCUGACCUUGGAGACAGCUUAUCAUAUGGCGGUGGCCCGCGAAGAUUUGGACAAGGUUCUUAAUUACUGCCGGAUCUUUACCGAACUCUGUGAAACAUUUCUGGAUAAAAUCGUUUGCACACCAGGCCAAGGCUUGGGCGACUUGCGAACGAUAGAGCUCCUCUUGAUCUGCGCAGGCCACCCCCAAUAUGAGGUGGUGGAAAUUUCCUUCAACUUCUGGUACCGACUGGGGGAGCACCUUUACAAGACAGAUGACGCCAUCAUCCACAGCAUUUUCAAGGCCUACAUCCAGAGGCUCCUUCAUGCCCUUGCACGGCACUGCCAGCUGGAUCCGGACCAUGAAGGGAUCCCUGAGGAGACAGAUGACUUUGGGGAGUUCCGGAUGCGGGUAUCGGAUCUUGUCAAGGACUUGAUUUUCUUAGUUGGCUCUGUGGAGUGUUUUGCCCAGCUUUACGCUACCUUGAAAGAAGGCAACCCUCCCUGGGAAGUGACGGAAGCUGUCCUCUUCAUUAUGGCCUCAAUUGCCAAGAGUGUUGAUCAGGAGAACAAUCCGACACUCGUAGAAGUCCUGGACGGAGUGGUACGCCUUCCUGAAUCAGUGCAUAUGGCUGUCCGAUACACAAGUAUUGAGCUGGUUGGCGAAAUGAGCGAAGUUGUGGACAGGAAUCCCCACUUUCUUGAUCCUGUGCUUGGCUAUUUGAUGAAGGGCCUGUGUGAGAAGUCGCUGGCCUCUGUCUCUGCCAAAGCCAUCCACAACAUUUGCUCAGUGUGCCGGGAUCACAUGGCCCAGCACUUCACUGGGUUGCUGGAAAUCGCUCGGUCCCUGGACUCCUUCAUGCUCUCGCCAGAGGCAGCUGUGGGGCUCCUUAAAGGGACUGCAUUGGUGCUGGCCAGGCUUCCCCUGGAGAAGAUCUCAGCAUGUCUCAGUGAAUUGUGUGCUGUUCAGGUGAUGGCGCUGAAGAAGCUGCUCUCUCAGGAGCCGAGCAAUGGCCUCUCCUCCGACCCUACUGUUCCCCUAGAUCGCCUUGCUGUUAUAUUCCGGUCCCCUUUUCCUUUUUCUGUUUCUUCUCACAGGCAUACCAACCCUAUUGUAGAAAAUGGGCAGACCCACCCGUGCCAAAAAGUCAUCCAGGAGAUCUGGCCUGUCCUGUCAGAGACCCUGAACAAACACCGUGCCGAUAAUCGUAUUGUGGAACGCUGCUGCCGAUGCCUGCGCUUCGCUGUCCGCUGCGUUGGCAAAGGAUCAGCGGCGCUCUUACAGCCGCUGGUCACUCAGAUGGUGAGCGUCUACCAGGAGCAUCAGCACUCCUGCUUCCUCUAUCUGGGCAGCAUCCUUGUAGAUGAGUACGGCAUGGAGGAAGGCUGCCGCCAGGGCCUACUUGACAUGCUGCAGGCUCUCUGUGUCCCCACCUUCAGGCUCAUUGAGCAACCCAACGGCCUCCAGAACCAUCCGGACACUGUGGAUGACCUCUUCCGGCUGGCAACCAGGUUCAUUCAGCGAAGCCCCAUCACGCUGCUCCGCAGCCAGGUAAUCCUUCCCAUCCUCCAGUGGGCCAUCGCUGCCACUACCCUUGACCACCGUGAUGCCAACUGCAGCGUCAUGAAGUUCUUGCGUGAUCUUGUCCACACAGGAGUGGCCAAUGAUGUGAGUGAGGGAUCUUCAGUAGAGCACGAAGAGGACUUUGAGGCACGGAAGGAGCUUAUUGGGCAAGUGAUGACACAGCUGGGCCAGCAGCUUGUAAGCCAGCUCCUGCACACCAGCUGCUUCUGCCUGCCGCCUUACACUUUGCCGGACGUGGCCGAGGUGCUAUGGGAGAUCAUGCAGAUUGACAGGCCGACCUUCUGCCGUUGGCUGGAAAAUUCACUGAAGGGCUUACCAAAGGAGACUACCGGGGGAGCUGUGCAGGUGACGCACAAGCAGUUGACGGACUUCCACAAGCAAGUCACAAGUGCUGAGGAGUGCAAACAGGUUUGCUGGGCUCUGAGAGACUUCACCAGACUGUUCCGGUAGCCUGCGCCUCCUUCACUCUGCCUGACUCCCAGGAAUGUCUUAUUUUCAGAAGAGGAAAUAAAACAACCAAGACGGCGUCCCACAACCAGCAGACUUAACCUUGCGGCCCAGGGCUGCGACUUGCUCCGGGGAGUCCCGCCAAUCCAGAAGAGAGACUUCGCUGCAAGAGUGAGUCGGUGAAGAUCCAGCUUGUGAGUGAGAGGAAGAGAGAAAGAGAGAGAGAAGGAGAAAAGCGAAAAUAGAAUUAAAAAAAUAAAAUAAACCAGGGGGGCGCAACUUGAUCCGCGACUAUGGAUGGCUGCAACUGACCUACGGCAUCGUGGGGGGUGGGAGAGCUGCUUUUCCAGGUGGACUUGCUUUAAAAUAAGAAGAAAAAACCACAUAAAAAGGUAAAAAAAAGUUAAGAAAAUGUUUUUUAAAAAACAACAAAAAUAUGAAACCAUAGAAGGAAUAAAAAGAAUUAAUUUGCCUGGCAGCAAAAUAAGGUGGAAUGGAAAAAACAAAAACCAAACCAAGCAACAAGGUUAGAAAACUUUCUGUGAAAUGAAAAUAAAAGAAUUACUUAAGGAUCCGUGGGGAUUAAAAAAACAAAAACCAGUAUCUUACCUAUCAAUCAAAACCAAGAGUCUGCCCUGCGGGGGGGGGGGGGGGGUGUGGAGGGGAGUCUCGGUUUUUAAAAAUGGUUUUUGCAAUCUUCCUUCCUGAUUUCCAGAGCUCUGCCUCCCCUCCCAAAGUCCAAACGGAAAGGUGGUGUCAAGAUCAAUAGUAGCAGCCGUGGAGCACAAGGAUCCUUGGGUGGGUUGGCCUUUGGGGCGGGGAGCCCUCUGCCCCCCUUCCGACAAAUUCCCUGAGGCAACUAGGAGCCUCUUGGGUCCCAUCAGUGCAUUGCUUACUUUGAUAAACUGUUAUAAUAUAUAUUAUAUUAUAUAUAUAAAUAUAUAUUUUCUUUUUGAAAGUUGAUUUGGGGUUUUUUUUUGUUCUGGAAAAUUUGGUUUCAACUUGUUUGGGAUGUUCUUCUUUUUUCCUUUUUUAACCAUGGCAGGGAGAGGAGGCAGGUGGGGCUCUGGAGAAGACAGGAAGGCAGGGGGAGCAGGCAGACUUAUUUCGUUGGAUUGAUCCGGCGACGACUUGGGCGAGGGAAGGAAAGAGUUGCGGGCCCUGCGCAGAGAGUAGGACAGGUGGGGGAUGCUGUUCCGUCUGGUGUUGUAGCCAUCUCGAGAACAAGGGGGAAAACACACAAAAAGAAAAUAAAAACAAACAAAAAAUUAAAGCGAA